AUGUGGGCGGAGGUUUUAUAUUUUUCUUACUUCGUCGCGAUGAAUGAGAAGGAUAUCGGAGCCAACUUCCAACAGGAAUUAUAUGCUCGAUGCGCUCGUGGCGACCAUGACAUCGAAAAGAAAUAUGGACCUUGCGGCAUCAUCACCGCCCUCGCAUGCUUCCCUUGUGGCCUGAUCUGUCUCUUCAAGGACGUUACAAAGAAAUGCUCUCGUUGCGGGACUGUCGUUUCAUAG